AUGGCCAAAAUACCAUUACCUUUCGAUCGCUCAACAAUUAGAAGCAUACUUAUUCAAACUGCGAGUGCAUCAAAUUGCACCCAAGGAUCACUCAGAUACUGGUUGUCUGUCGGACCUGGAGACUUCCAGUUAUCUUCAUCUGGCUGCGCAAACCCAGCCCUCUAUGCUGUUGUUAUUGAAAGUCCAUCCUUACUAGUACCAUCCUGCUGCAAAGUGGUGACAUCAUCUAUACCGAUAAAGUCUCCUCAAUUUGCAGUCAUGAAAAGUGUGAAUUACUUGCCCAAUGCACUCACCAAGGUGGAAGGCGAAGAGAAUGGUGCAUUUACUGGCAUUUGGCUGGACGAUGAGGGCUUUGUCGCAGAGGCAAGACGGGUUCUGACCCUCGCUGAGCAUCUAGUAGCUCAUGGAAAGCUCAGCGGGGUAAUAUCAAGGAAUGUGAGUGUUCAGGAAGGGAAGAUGGCUGAUGAGAUGAUGCUCAUCGGUAGUGGCAUUCUUGUCAAACCUGUUGUUCAGUGGGAUGAUCAGAUAAUUGGUUCUGGACAAGAAGGCCCGAUAGCUCAAGCGCUUUAUGACCUUAUUCUUGAGGACAUGAAAUCUGGUCCGCCGUCUGUUCGUAUCCCCGUCCCUUACUAA